UAGUGUCUGAAAAUUAAAGCCAAUUGGGUCUGUUUUGUUAUAUUAAACUAGGAUCUGUAAGAGCCAUAAGCCUCACAGCCAACCCAGAGAAUUUAUAAGUGUGUUUCACAUCUCUUCAAAUUCUUAAGCUUAAAGGAUCAAAAACAAUUUUCUCUUAUGAUGAGCUUUAAAAAAACGGUCAAAUUAAAAAGCAUGCUUGUUUAAUGAGUUAAAUUUAAAAAAAUGUCCCCUUUCAGAUUGGUCUCAUCUUUUUCCAUUUGAGCGCAUCAGGAGGAGCCCCCCUUUGCACCGGGAAUGGAUCAAACCGAACCCAGUCACAGUACAGCCUGUUGUUCCGCGCACGAUGGAUGAAGCGGACUGAAGAAGCAACAGCUGCAGGGACUCGGAUGGAAAUGACGUUUUAAUUAUUAUCUGGAUUAAUUCCAGGUGAGGAUGUCCGUCUGUACGCGGGAAAUGCGCGUCAUUGUUAUUCAUUUCCUUUUAUGUUUCUGUCGGGCAAUUUAAUCUUAAACGUCAUCUUGAAUUAGUGAGAAAACUGGACAGGAAGAAGAUAAGUUCGGUUUGACUCCAGCUGAGGAUGGCGAGGAAAUAUUUAGUCUAGCAGGAUUUCUUUUCAUUUGAGCGUCCAGUCAGUCAGUGAGACUUCAUGAUGUUCGACCAGCUGACGGAUCAAACGCUGAACAGCAGCUGUCAGGGAUCAGCCUUAGAUUGCAACAAGAGCGCUGAUGAUGGAGACGCACUCCAGCUCCCCACUUUCUCCACGGCGGCCAAAGUCAGAGUUAUCAUCACCUUCACCCUGUGCGCAGUCUCGGCUGUGUGCAACCUGCUGGUGCUGUGGGCUGCCGGCAAAGGAGGCAAACGCAAAUCUCACGUCAGGAUCCUGAUUAUGAACCUGACCGUGGCAGACCUGCUGGUGACUUUCAUCGUGAUGCCGGUGGACGCAGCGUGGAACAUCACGGUGCAGUGGCAGGCGGGGGACGCAGCCUGCAGACUGCUAAUGUUCAUGAAACUGGUGGCCAUGUACUCAUGCGCUUUUGUGACUGUGGUCAUCAGCCUGGACAGACAGUCGGCCAUUCUCAACCCUCUGGGCAUCACCGAGGCCAAAAGGAAGAGCAAAAUCAUGCUGAGUGUGGCCUGGUCCAUGAGCGUGGUCCUGUCACUCCCCCAGAUGUUUAUUUUCCACAAUGUGACCAUCACAGUCCCAGAAAACUUCACCCAGUGCACCACCCAUGGCAGCUUUGUCCAUCGCUGGCAGGAGACCCUCUACAACAUGUUCACCUUCACGUGCCUCUUCCUCCUUCCCUUGGUCAUCAUGAUUUUCUGCUACGCACGAAUCCUUAUUGAGAUAUCCAGCCGCAUGGCUCAGAGUAACAUUCUGUCAAGAGACGUGCAUCUUCGCCGCUCGCACAGUAACAUCCCCAAAGCUCGGAUGAGGACUCUCAAGAUGAGCAUUGUCAUUGUGACCUCGUUCAUCAUCUGCUGGACCCCGUACUAUCUGCUCGGCCUGUGGUACUGGCUGUUUCCUGAGAGGAUGGAGGAGACAGUGUCUCAUUCGCUCACUCAUAUGUUGUUUAUAUUUGGCCUCUUCAACGCGUGUCUUGACCCCAUCACCUACGGUUUGUUUACCAUUCACUUCCACCAAGGGCUGAGGAGACGGCGCCAAGAUUCGAACACUCGGACCGAAUUAGAAAACGACACUUGUCUCAGGCAGAUGUCCUGUCUGUCUUCUCACAGGCAGUUCGUGUCAAGGAGCGGCAGCAAACGUGCAGAGGAGGUUAACGACAACGGCGACUCAAAAAAGGCCUCAACCCCAAACAUUUUGGUGAGUAAGAUCUAAAGGCUGAAAUGACUGCUGCGGGGCCGUAAAGUGGUCGAUUCUGUUUACCAUGUUGUGGAAGAAUCCACAGCUCUUUAUAAAUGUCAGUAUUUUGCAUGUUCAGUAUUAGUGCUACUAACUAAUAUCGUUGUGUUUAUUUCAAUGACAAAAAAGGAUUUCUGCAUCCGUUGUUGACAUUUUUCACAAAAUUGAAUUUUUUUUAAAGUGUGAAAUGUAGUGACUAUAAAAACUGUUAGUAGUGUGUUUGAUGCUCCCAAUCUGAAACACAGACAUUGUUUUGUAAAUGUUUACCUCAUGACCAGUUUUGCAUUACAAUAUAUUUAGUAUUGAGUUAAUUUACAUGCAGAACGAAUGUCAGUGGCAGCAGCGAGCGUGCACCUCUACUACAAUAUUGUAAUAUCCAGAUCUAAUAUGAAGUAAAAUACAUUUUUUAAUUGAUUUAUUUGACCUAUUAUUGCUUGCUCUCAACAGUCUAUGACCCACUUUCACUCAGCGGAUUAAGAUUAGAGUAUUAGCUGAAAAAUUUUCUUGUUGGGAAAAAACUGCUUCAGGAAGAGAAGCUUCCUUCCUUUUUUAAGAGGAGCAUGAACUUAUUAAACACAGACAUCAGCAACUAAAUGUUGGCUUCUCCUUUGUUGCACAAAUUUAUUUACACGUUAAUUUUUGUGCUAAUUUGAAAUAAGUGGGGAAGCUUUGGGUGGGUUUAACCCUAACCCCACUUAGAACACAAACACUAUAGACUGAAUAAGUAUUUUUUAUUGUGCUAUUUUACAAACUCAAAUGUGUUGCACUGCCAUCCCUUCAUGCUUUCCUACAGGUUUCUGGUAAAAGAAAAAGAAAAAAACGAUGCAUUAAUGUGAACGAGGUCUAUAUCUGAAAAUAUUUCUUUACACAACAAAUGAUUUUUGUUCUUGUAGAAUCGUGUUCACAGGCGUUUGUUUAAACAUUUAGCAAAAUGUGUUCUGUGAUUGUUCAUUUUCAUUUAAAAAUGUUGCCCUUUCAAACUUUCAUUAGGAAAUACAAACAGUAAUUGAUUUUUCAUUGAGCUCAAUGAUACCUUGUGAAACAAACUGUGCUUCAGUCAGAGAUGGAUUUCAUGUUUUAUGUAAAGAGGUCAACAAAACAGUUUCUGAAACUGAUUAGUUGAGUGUUUGUAAGUUCAUUCAUAAAAUUGUACCUCCACUUCUCAACCAGCCUGAAUAAUUCGAGGUUGAUGUUUCAUUCCAGUUAAAUGCAAACUGGUACCCAGUUCAUUUGCAUGCACUCGACAAAUGCACAUAUUUCUGCUUACAUACGAUUCUACGUGCACUUGCAAAACCUUACUUAUUACAAAUGUACAGUGGCUUACAUGAUGAAUUUCAGAGUGGGGUGGUAUGUAACAUGCAGCCUUUUCAGAUGUUUGUCUGUAACCUUGUAUGAUAACUAAUGUACUUUAUGAAAAGAGUGACACCAUAUCAGUAAGUAAAUAUUUUCUUCGUGUUCAAAAAAAUCUUUAAAAAGACAAU